AUGGUACAAAGUUUGUCCGAGGCUGCCGUCAGCAAACUCUUCCCAACUACCCUGAAAGGACCAGCUGCCAUCUCGUAUCAAAGCCUAAAAGAAGGCUAUAUUCGAAGUUUUGACGAGCUGGCAAGAGCUUUCCGAACACAUUUCGCACCGAGCAUACAGCGGAAGAAAAAGUCCAAAGCUGUCGAAGUAGGGAACUUGAAUGAUGAUACCGUGAUAUAUGCAAUGAAAGACAACACAACAAUGAUGGCCUUCCGAGAUAACCUGAUAACAAACCCAACGGCUAGGCUAGACAGGUUCGGACCAAGAAACCAACAACAAGUCGGUCCACAGCGAGCAGAUCCACACAGACCAGUGAAAGUUGAAGACCAAGCCUUCAUUCCACUCAAUACACCGAGAUCACACAUCUUAAUGUGGAUACAGAACAACAAUGAGCCAGUGAGAUACCCACCCAAGCUACAAUAUGAGGGAGUCAGGAAAAAAUAUUGUCAGUACCACGAUGGCCAUGGCCAUAUCACCGACGAAUGCGGGAGUCUGAAGAAAGAAAUUGACCGUUUGGUACAAGUCGGUCGUUUAAAAGACUUUGUGGCGCAGAGCAAAAGUUACAACUCAGGAGGAAGAAACCAAAGGGAUAACAAUGGAAAAAGGGAAGAAGCACCGCCACCAAAAAGACAAAAUGUGUCAGGAGUAAUUAACACCAUAGCAGGCGGAAUGACUGACCCAGAAUACAAGCGAGGAAGGCGCAAAAGGCAGAAAAUGGUGAUGAACAUAUCGGUGGCUAAAGCUAUACCGGAGGUAAAAUUCGGACCAACUGAUGGAGAAGGAAUAGAUUUUCCCCACCAAGAUCAACUGGUAAUCUCGGGCUUGAUAGAAAAUUUCUGGGUAAUGAGACAGCUGGUGGACGAAGGAAGUUCAGUUAACCUUAUCACGAAACAGGCGUAUCUCGGAAUAGGACUCUCAAUACUAAACCUCAAACUGGUCAAAACCCCCUUAGUCGGCCUAGGAGGAACACCGGUACAAGCGGAAGGAGUAGCAGAAUUAACGGUAGAGUUGGGGAAAGAAAACGGAUCACCAGAAGGAGGCCUGGUGGGCAUCACAAAGAAGUUUAAAACACUGUUUAUGGUUGUUGAUAUGCCGCUUGCUUACAACGUCAUACUCGGCAGACCAAUGUUAUAUAAUACUGGGGCUGUCACAUGCAUCAAAUACUAG